AGGUGGGAGGAAGAGUUGAGAUUGGUCCAACACGAAAUGGGUUGGACAGUGAGUUGGUUUAAAUACAGGAUGGGAGAAUGGGACCAAAGAUACCAACAAGCUACAAAGCCUGGUCAUCAAGCUUAUGCACAUCGACAGGUGCUCUUGUGGUGA